UCGGUCGGAGCCCGCUGCACUGUAUUGAUUAACGACUCCCUUUGUCUGGUCUGACGUUCCACAUCGACGCACUCCUUGCUCCUUGUUUCUGCGAAUACCCCCUUCUCGUUGUUCCCCGUUUGUAACGAUUGUCCUUGCGUUCUGCUCGCAUUUGGGGCUUGCUUUGAGUGCCCAAGUCUAUUUCACGCGUACAACCGUUUAAUCUCCUAUCAUUAACCAUGGCCUACCAAAGCGCUGGCAACCAUUCGCCUCCGGGCUACGAUGAAGGCGCCGCCGGUCAUGGCCUCCAAGAUAUUGGUCAUGGUAACAACUACGAAGAGGAAGCAUCCCAUGGGUUGUUAGCCAACCAACAAGGCCCUUUCACCGGUCCCUUUGAUGACCCUCAGCAGCGAGGUCUGUCGCCCCAGCGCCCAACUUCGGGCUACAGCUUGACCGAAACCUAUGCCCCAGACGCCGCCUACCAUGAUCCCUACAGCGGUGGUGCGUCGGUCUACUCCGCACAGUCAGGAGAGAAUCCGGCGGCCGCCUUUGGGGUCCCUGGUCGGGUCGCUUCGCCCUAUGCGCGCAGUGAAACUUCGUCGACAGAGGCUUGGCGCCAGCGCCAGGCACCUGGAGGUGCCAACGGUGGGGGCGGCGGUGGUGGAGGUGGCAAUCUUCGCCGUUAUGCGACCAGAAAGGUCAAGCUGGUGCAGGGCUCAGUCCUGAGUGUCGACUACCCCGUGCCCAGCGCUAUCCAGAACGCUAUCCAAGCGAAGUAUAGAAACGAUCUAGAGGGUGGUAGCGAGGAAUUCACGCAUAUGCGAUACACUGCUGCGACUUGUGAUCCGAAUGAGUUUACCCUUCACAACGGUUAUAACCUGCGUCCCGCCAUGUACAACAGACACACCGAAUUGCUAAUUGCGAUCACCUAUUACAACGAAGACAAGACCCUGACAGCCCGUACUCUGCACGGUGUCAUGCAGAACAUUCGGGAUAUCGUCAACCUCAAGAAGUCAGAAUUCUGGAAUAAGGGAGGCCCUGCCUGGCAGAAGAUCGUGGUCGCCUUGGUCUUCGACGGUAUCGACCCUUGUGAUAAAGAUGUGUUGGAUGUGCUGGCCACGGUCGGUGUCUACCAAGACGGUGUCAUGAAGCGUGACGUUGACGGCAAGGAAACGGUUGCUCACAUUUUCGAAUACACGACUCAGCUUUCCGUCACUCCCAAUCAGCAGCUCAUUCGGCCUACCGAUGACGGUCCCAGCACCCUUCCUCCCGUGCAGAUGAUGUUCUGUCUCAAGCAGAAGAACAGCAAGAAGAUCAACUCGCACAGAUGGCUCUUCAACGCUUUCGGCCGCAUUCUUAACCCCGAGAUCUGUAUUUUGCUCGAUGCCGGAACCAAGCCCGGUCCCAAGUCUCUCCUCGCUCUGUGGGAGGCUUUCUAUAAUGACAAGGAUUUGGGAGGCGCUUGCGGUGAAAUCCAUGCCAUGUUGGGUAAGGGUUGGAAGAAUCUGGUCAACCCGCUCGUCGCAGCGCAGAAUUUCGAGUAUAAGAUCAGUAACAUCCUGGAUAAGCCUUUGGAGAGUUCCUUCGGUUACGUCUCGGUGUUGCCCGGUGCGUUCUCUGCCUACCGAUUCCGUGCGAUUAUGGGACGUCCCCUUGAACAAUAUUUCCACGGUGAUCACACCCUUUCCAAGCAACUGGGUAAGAAGGGUAUCGAGGGCAUGAACAUUUUCAAGAAGAACAUGUUCUUGGCUGAAGAUCGUAUUCUGUGUUUCGAGUUGGUCGCCAAGGCAGGCUCAAAAUGGCACUUGUCCUAUGUCAAGGCUUCGAAGGCCGAAACUGACGUGCCCGAGGGUGCUCCCGAGUUCAUCUCCCAGCGUCGUCGUUGGUUGAACGGUUCCUUCGCCGCCGGUAUCUAUUCUUUGAUGCACUUCGGCCGUAUGUACAAGAGUGGACACAACAUCAUCCGCAUGUUCUUCCUUCACAUCCAGAUGCUGUAUAACGUGUUCUCGACGAUUCUGACUUGGUUCUCUUUGGCUUCCUACUGGCUUACGACGUCCGUCAUUAUGGACCUGGUCGGAACUCCCAGUAACAGCAACGGUAACACGGGUUUCCCCUUCGGCACCACGGCGACCCCGAUUAUCAACACUCUCGUCAAAUACGCUUAUCUCGGCUUCUUGCUCUUGCAGUUCAUCCUCGCUCUGGGUAACCGGCCCAAGGGCUCCAAGUUCUCCUACCUUGCGUCUUUUGUGGUAUUUGGUAUCAUCCAGCUCUACGUUGUGGUCGACGCGCUCUACCUGGUCGUCCGCGCUUUCAGUGGAAGUGCUCCGAUGGACUUCGAUACUUCUCACGGUGUGGGCGCUUUCCUUGGCUCGUUCUUUGGGUCGACCGGUGCCGGUAUUAUCAUCAUCGCCCUUGCUGCCACCUUCGGUCUGUACUUCGUGGCCUCGUUCAUGUACAUGGACCCUUGGCACAUGUUCACCUCGUUCCCGGCGUAUAUGGCCGUGCAGUCGUCGUACAUCAACAUCCUGAACGUCUACGCCUUCAGCAACUGGCACGAUGUGUCCUGGGGUACCAAGGGAUCGGACAAGGCUGAUGCGCUGCCUUCGGCCAAGACGACCAAGGAAAACGAUGGCAAGGAGGCUGUGAUUGAGGAAAUCGACAAGCCCCAGGCGGAUAUCGACAGUCAAUUCGAGGCGACGGUGAAGCGGGCUCUGACGCCUUAUGUGGCACCCGUGGAGAAAGACGAGAAGAGCUUGGAUGAUUCGUACAAGAGUUUCCGUACCCGCCUGGUGACGUUCUGGAUCUUCAGUAAUGCGCUGCUUGCGGUUUGUAUCACUAGCGACGGUGUGGAUAAGUUUGGCUUCACGAACUCUGCUACGAACCGGACUUCGCGUUUCUUCCAGGCCCUCCUGUGGUCCAACGCUGUUGUCGCACUCUUCCGUUUCAUCGGAGCCUGCUGGUUCUUGGGUAAGACGGGAGUGAUGUGCUGCUUCGCGCGGCGGUAG